UUUAAUUAACAAAAUGAAAGACGUUUAAAAUAUUUCAUAAACCACUUCUUGUUAUACUAAUCUGUGGACAAUCAAUAUUUUUUUUAUCAAAUUUGGUAUAUGCCGUGAAUUAAUGUUGCUAAAGAUAAUCAAAUUGACUACCUUCUGACUAACCUCAUAACCUGUCAACCACACACACUGCAUGUAUAUAUUAUAAUUCAAAAGUCACUGCAAGAAUUGAGCUUGAAGGGCUUGCAGAAUUUGAAAUAUUGCCCCGGAAGCAUAGUUUUUGGGGACUUUUUUAGUAUUCUAAUAAUGUUACAAAGUUAUGACGAGUGUCAAAAAAGGAGAAUGGAAGGUUGGUUAGUUAAAGCAAAAUAAUGACCCCCCAGGAAAAUUUCAUCAAGUAUGACUUUUACAAAGGAAAAUCUCACACUAUUCAUCUUUACAACAGGUGCAAAUAUACUGGUAGAUUAAAUGACAAAGGCAAAUAUAUCACUAAUAAAAAUGAUUUAGUAGCACAUCAUGUAAUCUUAAAUACAUUGCUACUGAUUUUGAGGCUUGCUUGAAAUAAUCUAACUUUAUCAAUGUCAGUUUGACAUGAAAAUUUACAUAAUUAAUUGUUUCUAUUCACAUGUAGUGUGUAUGUUUAUAUAUUUAUAUAUUUAGAUAUAUCCCAUUGUCAAUACAAUUAUCAGGGGUUUGAUAUGAUAUAUUAAUAAAGGUAUCAAAUUGUUGCAAGACUAAUCUGUGUAUUGUGCAAUAUAUACAUCAAUCUUACUAGCAACAUACAGGUAAGUGUGGCACUGCAUCUCAGAAUUAACAUUGAUAAUUAAAAGUAACUACUUGAAAUUUUCAAAAAUCUCACUCGUUCCAGUAUUUUACAUUUUCAAGUUACUCCCAAUAACGUUAUGCCAACUCAAUUUUUGGAAUUUCUGAAUCUACAUUUUAUAUAUUUCUUAAUUUUCUAACAGACUUUAACUUUGGAGAAUAUUGUUAAUUUGCUUGAAUUGGGUUAGUAGUUAUCAUAUGCACUGGGCAUUGCUUGAUUGUUUUACGUAUAUGAGCACUCUUAUCUUUUUUGUCUUGUUUUGUUUUCAGAAUUAUUUAUGACCAGAUAGUCUGAACAAGAACUCAGGUUAAGAUACUGCCAGUAAAAUCCUGUAUUGCAUUUUCAAGAGGAAAAAUCAUUAAAAGAUCAAAGAUGACAGGAAGACAAGAAAUCUUCACAUAUAUCCCAGUCUAGUGAACCAAUAUUAGCACUUUAAGAGGACCUUAUCUAGUCUGAUUUGCUCAAAGUAAAAAAAAAAGGAACUGUAAAUUGUGAUCAUCAUGUCUGCCGCAGCACCCCCUGGUGUCCAUGUACCUGCAAAACGCACCAUUCCCCUAGGGCGGCGGUUGGCUUACAGUGUGGGCCAUGUCCUCAAUGAUUUGUGUGCCGCCAUGUGGUUCACAUACCUCCUGGUGUAUUUUCAUGGAGUGGUAAAAUUUAACAACAUCAUGGCUGGCAAUCUUAUGCUGGUAGGCCAGAUAAGUGAUGGGAUAUGCACCCCCUUGGUCGGAUACGAAUCUGACAGGACAAAUGGAUUUUGUGGUUAUGGGAAGAGGAAAAGCUGGCACCUGCUCGGAGUCCUUUGUGUUGCCUGCACAUUCCCCUUUCUCUUCAUAUCACCAUGUGCCUUUGGGUGUGAAAAUUCUGCUGACUGGGCCAAGUUUAUUUAUUAUGUACCAUUUGUUGUGAUAUUUCAAUUUGGUUGGGCUGCCACUCAGAUUUCUCAUCUGUCUCUCAUCCCAGAAUUGACCAAUGAUGAGGGACAGAGAGUAGAGCUCAAUGCUAUAAGAUAUGCCUUCACUGUUAUGAGCACUAUAGCAAUCUACUUGAUAGCCUGGUUGCUGCUGAGACACUCUGGUGGGAAUGACUUGACUCCUAAAGAUGCUGAUAGCUUCAUGGAAAUGGGCCUCAUAGCUGUUGGCAUUGGUUUUGUCUUUUGCAUGAUAUUCCAUAUUGGAACCAAAGAAGUGAAAAAAACUGAAAUUAUAAGGCAAUCAAGGAAAACAGUAAACGUCACUAAAGAGGAUUAUGAUGAAACAAAAUCCCUGUUGAGCACACUGGAAAAGUCGGCAGAUAGAAAGCUAUAUAUGAAGUGGAAUGAUUGGUUUAAAGAACAUCAGUUUUAUAUGAUUGGUGCUCUGUAUAUGUGUACCCGUUUAGUUGUGAAUCUCACUCAGGUAUACAUCCCAAUGUAUUUGACUGACACUUUAUACUUAGACAAGCAAUUCAUUGCCAUAGUUCCACUGAUUAUGUAUGUGUCUGGUUUCCUGACCUCUGUGCUUAUGAGACUGAUCAACAAACUGAUAGGAAAAAAGUUUACAUAUCUAGUAGGAGGGUGUUUUGUUAUUGGGGCGUGUGCCUGGUGCUAUUUCAUUACACAACAUUCUCCACAUAAAGAGUGGCAGGUGAUAGCUGCCAGUGUUUUACUGGGAGCUGGAAGUACAACAAUGCUUAUCACCUCGCUGGCCAUGACCUCUGACCUCAUCGGUGAAAAUACAGAGAGUGGUGCUUUUGUCUAUGGUUUCAUGAGUCUGCUGGACAAGUGUGCCAAUGGGGCGGCUGUCAUGGUAGUACAGGCUCUACAUCCUUGCACGAAUCUGGGAGUUGCCUGCUGUCCUGCAUGUACUGUAUUCUACCAGAGAGUGAUCUCUUUUGUUCCUGGUGGGUUUGCUAUUCUGGCAUUAUUAAAUCUUUUGGCAUUAUUCCCACAGAAGAUAGGGACCAGGAGGAAGCAAGUGGAGAAGAGAAUGAAAUCUAUCCGCAACACAGGUAGGAGUGGAAGAGAGUCACAUUCGCCGAGUUUCUGUCAACAAAACUAUGAAGUCUGUCCCAGCGGCCAUGAACAUCAUAGUUGGGUCCUUCCUGGCAAUGCUGCUGAGCAAGCUGUUAUCUAUGACACGCCACAUUCCUCCAGGCGACCUAGCUUCUAUCUGUCCAAUUCUGUGUCUGGGGAAAAUGAUUCUUCAUCACAAAAUAAUAGAGGGGGUAAUUAUGGUACUUCACCCAGGUAUGAUACCUCGAGUCAUUCAGUACCUGGUCAUAUACAGGGUCGAGGCGGUAAAAUGUCCAAUGAAAGUCCAGGCUCCCCUGAAAGUAAUGAUGUUACAUUUCAAGUGGGAGCUACUCCUUCUGUCUAACAGAUUGUACAGUCUGCAAAUAUUGGAGCUUAUUUUAUGUAUUGUUAAAAACAUGAACAAAAUUGAUAAAUUGAAUUUCCAAAGACAAUGUCUUCUUUGUUAAACUUAAAAAAGGUGGUUUGAAAGUUAUGAAAAGCCAAAUAAUGUUAAGUCAGAAAGUGUUUUUGCUUUAUUAUGAGAAGGAAGAAAACUAGAAAUAAGAAAUUUUGAAGAAAAAAAUGUGGUUUCUGUGAAACUUUGAUGUUAGGUUUAAUUAAUAUUAUUCGAUAACUUUUUUGACUGAACAAAAGGUAUUUAUUCAAGCCAUUAACUUUCAAAGUCAUCAUUUGUUAUAUUUGUUGUUUUAUGAGAUAAAAUUAUUUUUCUUCCACUCUGACUGAGAUAUAACAUCCAUUGUGCUAUCAAGUUAUAUUUUACUGUUAUAAUUUUAAUUAUUCUGUUUUAAUUUGAAGCAAAUUUGGAACUCAUUUCAGAAGUACCAAUUUUCUUGUUUUCUCUUACUGUUACAGUAUAAUUUAAUUCAAUUGUUUGGGACCAGUCUUUUGUCAGAGGUUCACUCCAAGAGUUUAGUAGUCCACAUAAGCAUAAGCAGGACAUAUCAUUGUGGCACAAACAUUGUGGGCUGAUCCGGUAAAAUGCAUCACAUUAUUUGAAUUAUUCAUUUUUGCCAAGUUCUUCUGAUAUCACAUUAGAGGCCAUUCAGAACAGAAGAUCCGAGAAUCUACUGAUCCAUGGAUCAGAUAAGGCAGACCCCACAUGAAAAAAUAGCUGAGUUUUAUGAGGGAUCUAGCAAUUAAAUCUUGGGGCCAUGAUUUAAUCCGUUUAAUGGUGCAUGCAGAGGCGGGGAGACCAUCAGCGAGUUAGUUGGCUCUUCUUUCUUGUAAGGUCUGCCAUAUUUGAUCCAUGGGUCAGUAGAUCUUCUGUUCUGUUCUUAGACUAUAGUAGGUAUAAACAGUUGUAUCACUACUUAUAUAUAAUUAAUUAUGAUUUUGGAGACAUUUGAAUCUUACAUAGUGUGAAACAAUGAUAGUGUAUUUGUUAAAUGUGUUAAGAUAACAAAACAAUUGAAAAAUACAAAUUAGUUUUUGAAUGAGUGAAAAUGGUUUGAGGUAAGCCGAUUUCCUGAUUUCCUAACCUCACAGCUUUUUAUUCCCAUU